ACGAGGAUCACCUAAACCCCAAAUAGCAGAGUCACAUGUGCUGAAAUGUUUUGUCAAGUGUGGGAUGUGCUAGGUGCAACGACCUAUCGCCUCAAAAUGCACAAAAAGACUGGUCAGACUGUGUGGUGUUGUGAACAUUAUCGGCCAACGGGUGCUUUUCCUGUUGCGGCCAACUGGUGCGCAGAAAACUGCGUUUUGAUGUCCAUGACGACCAUUUAUAGCUGUUUUUUGCUCAAGAGCAAAACGUACGUUGUUUCAUUUGUUUUUUUCAUUUUCCUUUCUGAUGGCUCCGUGGUGGGGCCAGCAAGUGAACUGGCAUGGCGCGGCGCUUGCCAGAUUUUUUCCAGCCGUACCAGCCGCAGACCAUCUUGCAGUGAAGGCUGCUGAAAUGUGUUUCAAUGUUCCAAGUUUAAAUUGUGGAACACUAGCAAGAGAGGUUGGGUCUCUGCAUGUCAGGCAGACAUGUCAGCAUGUGGGUCAAAACUGCUCGAAAGACUCUUUUGAAUUUGUUUCUUUCUGGCUUGCUUUACCCGUUUGGACCCGCAGCUCUUUCCUUGAAGAGACCAGCCCGACAGUGGGCACUUAACAGAUUGAUUUUCAGAACUUGGCCAUGUUGAUAGUGCAUGAAUUCUGAAGUACUAGUACUGGACAGGAG